AUGGCUGACAAGACCAGCGAGGAGUUUGCCCUCCCUCAAGAAUCCAUUCCUCAAGAAAAGCCCACUGUUGGACCUUCUCCACCUCCGAACGGUGGUACGCUAGCAUGGCUCAAUGUGCUGGGCAGCUUCAUGCUUUACUUCAACACCUGGGGUAUCCUGAACACCUUCGGCGCCUACCAAACCUACUAUGAGUCCGGUGCUCUCUUCCACUCUAGCUCGUCCGACAUCUCCUGGGUGGGCUCAAUUGCCGCCUUCAUGCUGUUGUUUGUUGGAGUUUUUGUCGGUCCCAUUUACGACCGCGGCUACCUUCGAACGCUCCUCAUUGUAGGCUCUUUCAUGGUUGUUUUCGGGCACAUGAUGCUGAGUCUGUGCUCCGAAUACUGGCAAGUCGUGUUGGCGCAGGGAUUCGUCGUCGGAAUUGGAACAGGUUGCCUGUUUGUUCCAUGUGUCGCCAUCAUCCCUCAAUACUUCACGACCAAGAUGGGCGCUGCAAUGGGCGCGGCCGCCUCGGGAUCCGCACUCGGCGGUGUCAUCUACCCCAUCGUUCUGUACCGACUCAUCAAUCAAAUAGGGUUCCCCUGGGCAGUGCGUGUUAUCGGAUUCAUCGCAUUGGGCACACUGCUCGUUCCAAUUAGCAUCAUGCGUCUACGAGUCAAACCACCCAAGGUGCGCGCCAUGGUCGAUCCCACCGCGUUCAAGGACCCGGCUUAUCUGGCUUUCGUGUUUACCUCGCUCAUUGCGUACAUGGGACUGUUCGUUAUUUUGUUUUACCUGUCAUUCUUCGCCGAGGCAACUCGCAUCACGGAUAGCAGUCUGGCCUUCUACAUGGUGCCCAUCUUCAAUGCAGCUUCGGUGUUCGGUCGUACAAUCCCGAACAAGCUCGCCGACCGCUUCGGCCCUUUUAACCUUCUCAUCCCCGCUGCUCUAUCCUCGGGGCUGUUGAUGUUCUGCAUGAUGGCAGUACAUUCAAAGGCCGCAGUCAUUGUUAUGGCGGUGCUGUCCGGAUUCAUGAGUGGUGCGCUGAUCGGACUGCCACCUAUGUGUCUAGCCAUUCUUACGACGGACAAGUCGAAGCUGGGCACCCGUGUUGGCAUGGGGUACGCGAUUAUUGCACUGGGUGUGCUGGCCAGUGGUCCCAGCAGUGGUGCAAUUCUCAGGAACGGUGGCGGAUCGCUUGAUUGGCACAGUUUGUGGGUGUUCGGUGGCGUUCCGACCUGUGUGUCGGGACUAGGCUACGCGGCGAUUAGGGUCUUCAAGUAUGGGCCAAAGCUCAAUAUCAAGGCAUGA